GAUACAGACGACCAUUCGGGCCGCGAACAGGGAGCUGCUGAACAUUUGGGCCGCGAACAGGAACACUGGAUAUCUUCCGAACAGGCUGUGGGCACUUUAGAACGUUCGGCCAGCGAAUGCAGGACUACGGCCGGUGCCUCUCGUUCGGUUCCCAUGGUGGGCAAGGUGGCUACCAAGGGGAAGGCAGGUUCCUUGGCAGUGGACUCUGCGGUUGGCCGGAAUGACGCCGGGAGGGCUGCAAGGACCGGAUCGAUGAAGGACGGUGCUGUUUCAGCUACAG